GGCGACGGAGCAGGAGCACUGGCAGCAGCAGAGCUGGAGGUUUUUUUUUCCUCCUCUUCUGCCUUCCUUCUGCCUCUUUUGUUGUGUCGGCAUCGAUAAGAAUCUGAUGAGCGAGGAUACGGACCACCGCCGGCUUCGCUGCAAGGCUUCAUUUCCCUGCUCGGUUUACCGGAGCAGCAUCCGGUGGCUGUGCGGCAGGAUCACCGCUGUCUGGCUGUUUCUGAGGGGGUGAGAGACGAAGGGCUGCAACGCAAAAGGAGGCAAGAAAAAAGGCUGCGGGGAGGGGCUGUGGUGAGCUGGUGGGCUUCCUCAGCCUCACAGACACAUUUUAUUGACUUGCUAAUUGGAUGAGGCACUCGGAGGAAGGGAUGCAGUGACCGAGAAGAGCUGCUACCUACAGGAAGGAUCCGGGCAGCGGGAGGUUCCGCUGGGAUCGCUUCACAUCAUUCGAUCCUUUUUUUUUUUUUUUUUUUUUUGUACAUGACAGCAGAUGUUUGUGCAUCUCCGUGACCCUCACUGUGCGAUCUCAUAAUUUCAUGCAUGACAUUGUCGAAUGGAGGCUCCGGCAGCGUGACGCUUCGUGACAAGUGAAUGAUUCCUCCUUUUCAGACCUGAUUUUUUGUACUCCCUUUUCCAAUGGACCGUCCGUCUCUUCUUUGUAUGAAGUGCCAUUCCGUGUUUUGAGCGCAGAUGGGAAGGAUAUUCAUCUGAAAAAGGAGUCUUCUCCGGGCUGUCAUGACCGAGACUCAACAGUCUGACCAGGUCAAAGUUCAGCGACCCUCGUACUGAGGUCAGUUGUACCAAUGAGCAACACGGUGAACCCACCGAAACGCACCACCUACCUCAUUUCCCUCACUCUGGUGAAGGUUGAAGCCGUGCCAGAGGAUGUUGAGGAGGACCAGGCAGAGAAAGACACCCUUCCUGAGGGGGAAGGGAGCCCUAAAAGGGAGGAGGAUAGAGAAGAAGAGGAGGACGGAAGGGAGGCCAAGAGGGAAGAGGAAAGACAACUCAUGAGCAAAGAGGAAGUGGAACAGGUGCUGGUGAAAUAUGGCAGCCCCAAAGAGAGCCAGGGGACGUCAGAGCGGAGGGAAGCUCUUGAACUGGCUCGGGAAAUAAUACAGAAAGACAGCAUGCUGGUCAGCAAGGGGAAAGACACGUCUUUUAUGCAUCAGCCUAUGAAGCAGAUGGUGAAAGUGUAUGGAGGGACGAGCUUCGAUGGCACGGUGCGCAGAGAAGGUCCUCGCUCCGAAUCCCUCCGGCCAAAGACGGAGCUCUACCGUGAGCCGCCCAUGCACUUCCUCAAGGGUGACAACGAGCUGGGCAGCCGCUCUCGCACCAGCCUCCCCUUCUCUGUCCCCUCCCAGGCCAGCGUGAGGCCGGAGGUCAUGAUGAGGUCACACUCAGGAGCCAACACUGCGUGCUGGAGGGACAACAGAGAGGCCAACACCAGCUCCUACCACUCUGCCAAGACGCUGGACAGGAGAGAUAAUCGUAUGGGGGAUCAGUCCCCCCUCAUGGCAGCGACGACUCUGGGCCCCUACAGGGCGUCCUGGGCUGACAGUGAAGGCAGAGGAACGCUGAUCCGUCCUGGAGUUCCCAGCAGCGGAGGGUUUUCCGGCAUCAUGUCGCGGGAGGUCUCUCAGGGGGACAGAUUUAAGAUUGUCCUGCCAGCCAGUGACACGGCCAGAGGCUUGAGGAAGGACACAAAUCGUACUCUGGACAACAGCGACCUGCAGUCUCCCGCUGAGGAAAUGAAGAAGGCCAGAGAUGGAGCGACAAUCCAGAGAGCUCCUCCCAGGGACCGCAAGAUGCUCAAGUUCAUCAGUGGAAUUUUCACCAAAAGUUCACCUGCACCACCUCCUGUCACCACGCCACCUCCGCUCUACCCGGCUCUUGAGAGAGCCUCCAGUGAGGAGGAAGUGACGUGCACCAGCAGUCAAGAGUGGCCCAUCAGCCAAGCCGUCCAGGAGCUUCACUUGGGUGUUUUGGGCGGUCUUUGUAGCGGCAAGUCUGCUCUGGUCCACAGGCACCUGACAGGAAGUUACCUGGCUGUGGAGAACGCUGAAGGGCGCCAGUACAUUAAGGACGUCCUUGUUGAUGGGCAGAGUCACCUGUUCAUUAUCCAAGAAGAGACCGAACUCCCGAGCGCUCAGUUUGCCAGUUGGGUGGAUGCGGUUAUUUUGGUCUUCAGUUUGGAAAAUGAGGCCAGUUUCUUGGAGGUUUACAAACACUACCACCAGCUUGCAAUCCACCGACCCAUCAAUGAGAUUUCCUUUAUUGUGGUUGGCACACAGGAUAAGAUCAGCAGCAGUAACCCGCGGGUCAUCGAUGAUGUCAGAGCCAGACAGCUCUGCUCCGACGUGCGGCGCUGCACCUACUACGAAACCUGCGCCACUUACGGCCUCAACGUGAACCGAGUCUUCAAUGACGCUGCUCAGAAAAUCAUGACUGCCAAGAAACAGGCUGCUCUGCUGGCUUCCUGUAAGUCCCUUCCCAACUCGCCCAGUCACUCCGGAGGCUCCACACCAGUGUCCGGCAUCUUUCCAGGACAGGCCAGUAACGGUGGGCAGAGCAGCGACUACUCCUCGUCGCUCCCCUCCACUCCCGUCAUUAGUCACAAAGACAUUGGCAGAAGUGCAAGAGGGGAGAAGCAGGACGGCACCACGCCUGGAUCUGUGAGCGGCGGCACCCGAAGGUGCAACACCCGGUUCGCGGGCCGAAGAGGCAGCGACUCCAACAGGCGGAGCGACGACUGCAAAGGUGACCUCGGGAGUGGUCGCUCCAUCCCUAUCAAACAGGGGAUUUUGUUGAAGCGCAGUGGGAACUCCCUCAACAAAGAGUGGAAGAAGAAGUAUGUCACUCUCUCCAACGACGGCAUCCUGUCUUACUACUCCAGCGUCAAUGACUACAUGUUGAAUGCUCCGGGGAAGGAAAUGGACCUGCUGAGAGUGACGGUGAAGGUGCCGGGAAAGAGGCCACCUCGAGCUGUGCCAGCCGGCGGCCCUCCAGUGGGACUCAACGGACGAGUCAAAGAUGUCCAGGGCUCCGAUGGUGCCAGCUUGGUGCCGGUCAGUGCGAGCGGGCUCCUGCAGAUGGAGGACAUGGAAGGAAUGGGCGGCCCACUCUUCCUCCGGACGAGUCGAGGAGUUCAGCGAUGUGCAUCGACGCUGUCCAACAACGCCCAGAGUGUUGACUCAGCAAUUGAGGGCUUGUCCAGCUCUUCUUCCACCAAAGAGGUAGGCUCCGCCUCCCCAGUGGCUGACAGGAAGAAGCAACGGCGAAAGAAGAACAUGAACCAGAAAGGAGAUGCAACGAUCGUCCAAGCUGAUGCAGCCAAGAGAAAAAUGUGGAAACUGAAAACAUUUGGCAGCUUACGAAAUGUCAGCAAGACAGAUGAGGAUAAUUUUGACUUCCUGGUUGUGUCGAGCACUGGCCAGACGUGGCACUUUGAAGCCCCCAGUGUGGAGGAGAGGGACUCGUGGGUCCAGGCCAUCGAGAGCCAGAUCUUGGCCAGUCUGCAGCUGUGCGAGAGCAGCAAGAACAAGACUCGAAAGAACAGCCAGAGUGAAGCAGUGGCUCUUCUGGCCAUUCGCAACGCAAAGGGCAACAACUUCUGCGUGGACUGUGACGCUCCAAAUCCCACCUGGGCCAGUCUCAACCUCGGAGCUCUCAUAUGUAUUGAGUGCUCAGGAAUCCACCGAAAUUUGGGGACCCAUGUGUCUCGCGUUCGCUCCUUGGAUCUGGACGAUCUUCCACGGGAACUCACGCUGGUCCUCAGUGCCAUAGGGAACCACAUGGUUAACAGUAUAUGGGAGGCUCGCGCCCUCGUUCACCGGAAGCCCACACCGGAUGCCACAAGAGAGGAGCGGGAGUCAUGGAUCAGGGCCAAGUACGAGCAGAAGCUCUUUGUAGCACCGCUGCCUCCGCCCACGCCCAACGAGGGCCCAGACCUCACGCUGUCUGGCCGCCUAUUAAUGGCGGUAAUGGAUCACAACCUCCCCAAACUAUUGCUUCUUCUGGCCCACUGUACCAAGGAGGACAUUAAUGCCCCGGUCAGCUUUGCACUCUCCUCGAGGUCCCUGUUAGCGCUGCGGCUGCCAGGCUGCGCUCUGCACGCCGCCUGUCAGCAGGGCAACGUGGUGAUGACGCAGCUUCUGGUUUGGUAUGGAUGUGAUGUCCGAUACCGCGACGCUCAAGGGCAGACGGGUCUCACCCUGGCCCGCCUCGCCGGCUGCCAAGAGUGUGCCGACAUCUUGCUUCAGCACGGGUGCCCCAACGAGCCACUGCCCUCCAACACCAACACCACUGUGGGCUUCGCCUCAGCAUCGACCGCCAGCUUCCCUGUUGCCAUGGCGCCCAGCUUGACCAUUUCCACCACCAUGAAGAUCUCCAACAAGAGCGCCGGCACCACCUUGAGCUACAGCACUUCCAGAAGAGCCGUGUCGUAAUCACAUGGCGUGAGUGAGUGCACGUGUCGGCUGGUUCUUCUGACUGAUGGGGCUCGAAAUCCCGAACAAUCAGAUGUUGCACUCCCGAAGCCUGAAGAGAUGUGGUCGGAAGAAUGUGCGUUGAAGAGAAGAACAAGAAUGGUUUAACCAAAUUAAAAAUAUAUGUUUUCCUACGAAACGCUUUUUAAGUAGAGUUUAAAAAAAUGGACUUCAAGACGCAGCUCUGGUGGAUAGUGAAGUACUGCGCUGCGUACCGUCCGGCAUCGUCAUCAACAUGCGUUAAUAUUUAUUCCCCCGCACAUUUUCUGAAAAAUAAAAAGGCUUUUCUGAGCAUCCAAGGCUCAGGAACUGCAAUAAGUUUAUGAUAGUAUCGACUGAUCAUCUUCAUCUGCUUCUCACCGUCACGACAUUGUCACUUUUGUUGAAAGAGAGUGUCUCAUGUUUGAACACAGCUGAGCUUCAGCGAGCUGUUUAUAGAAAAUACUGCAUUUGUUGAUUAUUCAAAAAAAAAGUACUGUGGCUGUUUUUUUAGGAGAUAAAAAUAAGUGGUACAUAGAGAAGAGAAGGCAAAGGUUCUAUAAUUAGCAAAAUAAUUGAAAGUGCUUCGAUUUAUUGAAUGUUCUUGUAUGGUUUGUAUUGUUGGUUCUGCCUCAAGAGGUUACUGUGAGAUUGAAAGCUUCUUUUUAAACAACGACCCGAAGACUGAUAUUUCUACGAUGUUUUGCUUGUAUCACUGUGUGCGACAUAAUCACUGUAUAUGUGUGGGUCCGUUUCCGCAGACUUGAAGCUGUUGACAUGUACAUGAGCAGAAAGAAAUGCCUUGAUCAUGACUGAAUGUAUAAAAGAACGAUUGUUAAAAUGUUCUGAUCCUGUGUUAUCCAGGGCUGUGUUCCCUCCAUAUUUCUGUGGAGUGUCAGGGCCAAUAAAUUAUAUAAUU